AUGGACUGGAGAUUGCUUACAGCUGCAGCUAAAGGGGAGACCAAUCUUCUUACUCCUGCCACGUUUCACCAAUCAGAUUUUGACAAGGUAACGCCACAUAACAACAACCUUCUUCACAUUGCAGCUAAGCACCAGCGGCUUGAUUUCGCUGCUGCCAUACUUGAUCUUCGUCCAUCUCUCCUCUUGGGAGAAAACAACAAUGGAGACACACCUAUACACGUUGCAGCUAGUGUAGGUUCCUUUCAAGUUUUACAACUUCUUGUCAAUAAUUUAACCGAUAUAGAUAUCGAAAACCGGGGAAUAACUAAGCAGCUUUUGAGGGCCACAAAUAAGCAGAAGGACACAGCGUUAAGUGUUGCAUUAAAGAGUGGACAUGUCGAUGUAGCUAAGCUCCUCGCUGAACAAGACAAAGGAUUGCUAGAGAUGGCCAAUAACAACAAUGAAUCUCCUCUGUACUUAGCCAUUGAAAGAGGGCUUUUCGACAUUGCUGAUCAUAUUUUGGCAACAUCUCCUACGGUUUCUUUUACAGGGCCUAAAGGUAUGAAUGCUCUGCAUGCCGCUGUGGAUUCCGACAUUGUCAACACUGUUUUAUUGACAAAACUGAUGGAGAAAAGACCGGAAAUGAUGAAAGAAGUGGACAGUAUGGGAUGGACACCUCUUCAUUAUUCAGUGUGGCUUGGGAAAGUCAAGAUAACACGACUUUUGCUUCAACAAGACAGCUCGGCUGCUUAUAUAUCAGACAAGGAAGGACAAUGUCCGCUUCAUCUUGCUGCCUGUACCGGUCAAAUCGAUUCUUAUAGAGAGCUUGUUGGUAGCUGUCCUUACGUUUGGGAACUAGUUGACGGUAAAGGAAGAACAUCUCUUCACUCUGCUAUCAUAUCAAGACAAAGAGGAAUCAUUGACUGUAUUCUACAGAUGCCUGAGAUAUCUCUUCAUCUGUUGAAUGAAAGCGACGUAGAUGGAAACACGCCUCUCCAUCUAUCGGUCGUUUACAAAUGGCAAGCAGUAUUACUGCUUCUUUUGGAUAACAAGCGAGUGGAUAAGUUUGUUAUUAAUCGUAAUCACUUAACAGCUGCGCAACUCUUUUACUCUCAGAAUCAAGAGAUUAGUUUCGAGGUGACGAGUGCAUACUAUGCACUGCAAAGAUACUACAAGCAACCUUCUCAGCGACAGAACAUGGAGACAAUGAAGAAGCAAGAAAAAGCAGAUGUUGAAGAAAGCAACCGUGCAAGAAGUGACGGUGCAAUGUACGAGGUUCAUCUUCUAGUCGCGGUUCUUGUGGCAACAGUAGCAUUUACGGCGGCAUUCCAAAUACCUGGUGGUUACACACCGGACGGUACACCUGCAUUGAUGGAAAAAGCAGCUUUCAAAUUUUUCUUGGUGUUUGACACAAUCGCCUUCUGCUUCUCUUUAACUACUGUCUACUUCUUGUUCUAUGCUUCGAGACACGGGUUUCGAGCACGUUCAUCUUUCCUCUACAUGUCUUGUCUAUUGAUGGUUGUGUCACUGAUCGCAAUGGCCUCAGCGUUUGUCGCAGGGAUGUAUCUUAUUUCAUCCAAGUCGAGACUGUUGUCCUUUGUACCUUUCGUGAUGGUUGGAAUCUUAUUCUUGCACGGUUUCAUCUACUGGUUCUUUGAUCCACGCGGCGGCUACGUCCUUAUCCUUGAACGACCUCGACAGUUUUUUAGGAAGCUAUUCUUCCAAAACCCAUUGUCUCAUUUUUUUGUUUGGAACUGA